UAACCCAGUUAGCGUAGAAGACAAGGAAGAACGUUGUUUUCCUGUUCCUGCAUAUAGACCAGGAAUAUAUAGCAGAUACGUCUUUGCUGAAACAUAAAAAAAUGAACGUCAUAUUAGCAGUUAAGCAGUAUAUCAGCAAAAUGAUUGACGACAGUGGACCCGGAAUGAAAGUAUUAUUAAUGGAUAAAGAUACUACUGGUGUGGUAAGCAUGGUGUAUGCGCAGUCUGAGAUCCUACAGAAAGAGGUGUACCUGUUUGAAAGACUUGACACAAGUGGGCGGGAGACCAUGAAGCAUCUCAAGUGCAUUGCCUUCCUGCGCCCCAGCAAGGAGAACGUGGAGCUCUUGUGUCAGGAACUUCGAGUUCCCAAGUAUGGACUUUAUUACAUUUAUUGGAGUAACGUCAUCAGCAAACAAGAUGUGAAGUUGCUGGCAGAAGCUGAUGAUCAGGAGGUGGUUAGAGAAGUUCAGGAAUUCUUUGGAGACUACAUUGCUGUAAACCCCCAUCUGUUUUCCCUCAACCUGUCUGGUGUCUGUCAGUCACUGACUUGGGCACCACAUGCUCUUCAGAGAACAGUGCAAGGACUAACGUCUGUUUUACUCUCACUGAAGAAGUGCCCAAUGAUCCGCUUUCAGAAUUCAUCUGAAAUGGCACGCAGACUGGCAGAGAGUGUCAGGCAAGUGAUCAACAAAGAAGCUGCCCUGUUCGAGUUCCGUAAGACUGAUGUGGCUCCAGUUCUUCUGAUCCUAGACCGCAGAGAUGAUGCUGUCACACCACUUCUGAAUCAGUGGACCUACCAGGCAAUGGUACAUGAGCUGUUGGCUAUCAACAACAAUCGCAUAAAUCUAGCCAGUGUCCCAGGCAUUACCAAGGACUUGCAGGAAGUGGUGUUGUCUGCUGAACAUGAUGAGUUUUAUGCCAAUAAUAUGUACGUGAAUUUUGGAGAGAUUGGUUCAAAUAUCAAAGAGUUGAUGGAAGAAUUUCAGAAGAAAUCCAAAAGUCAAGCAAAAGUGGAAUCUAUUGCUGACAUGAAGGCAUUUGUUGAGAACUAUCCCCAGUUCAAAAAGAUGUCUGGCACCGUCUCCAAGCAUGUAACAGUUGUUGGGGAGUUGUCCCGAUUGGUGGGCAGCCACUGUCUACUGGAGGUGUCGGAGACAGAGCAAGAAAUAGCCUGCCAGAGUGACCACUCAGGAAUACUUCAGAAGAUCAAGGGCCUCAUGUCGAAUGACAGUGUGCGUCCUCUGGAUAUGCUACGUAUGGUGAUGCUGUAUGCUUUACGGUACGAGAAUCACACCAACAACGAUUUGUCAGGAUUGGUGGACACACUUCGCAAAAAAGGCCUAAGCGAGGACUACAGAUCUAUGGUUCAAGCCAUGCUUGAAUAUGGAGGGAAAAAGGCCCGUGGAAGUGACCUGUUUGGAGUGCAUGAUCCUGGUGCAAUCACAAAAAGAUUCCUUAAAGGACUGAAGGGAGUUGAGAAUGUGUACACUCAGCACAAACCUCUUGUGUACUCAAUCAUAGAUCAGCUGAUUAAGGGCAAGCUGAAGGAGUCCAGCUAUCCCUACCUCGGUCCCAGCCAGCUCAAGGACAGGCCACAAGACAUUGUUGUAUUUGUGAUUGGUGGCUGUACAUAUGAAGAAGCCUUGGCAAUCCACAGCAUCAACAGAUCUACACCAGGAGUUCGAGUAGUUCUUGGUGGCACUACAAUACACAAUUUUAAGAGUUUCCUGCAGGAGAUUUCCCAGGCUGUUGGAGCAACGUCACCCAGUCAUCAUAUGGGAAGAGGGACACGGCGAUGAUGUUCAUAGGAGCAAGAGCAUUAUGUAUGAACAAUUUCUUCCAAAGCAUGCAAUGGUUUCCAUGAUUAUCAGACAUUUUUUGUGUAAAAUGCUCACAACUCCUUGUCAAGUUAUGGCUUGUGAUAUUGUUCCUAGUCUAUGUUGUUUUGAUGUAUCAUCAUUUGAUUUAUAUAUAUGUACAGGGAAUGUGUGAAACCAGGGAUUUCACGUAAUCCCUGAAAGAGUCAGUGAUUUCAUGAAAUCCCUGUGACCC